CAUGGCGGAACCACAUGCCGUCACUAAAAAAAAGGUUUCAUGUCAGAAAUUGUACUUUAAGUUAACACAGAGGUCGGAAAGAAUCUGAUCCGUGAUCGGUUUAAUGAUGACUGCAUUUAUCUAGACAAAAUAUUCUUAGAGCUGUAGGUUAUCUGAAAGUUGUGAAAAAUAUAUGAAAAAUAUUUCCAACUAUGUGGAAGACGAGAACUCCACAUGAAUGUGUGGUUACAGGCUGUAAGUCGAGUCAAAUCAUAGGCCUUGGGUUCAUGCAUAGAAACCUGCCAUAUUCACUUGGGUGAUUUUUCAUUCUUUUAUGCUUUUCCUGAACAUAUUGAUUGUUCCAUUCUAGAUGAAAAAAGAGCAUGUUGCUAAGAUAUUCAUUUACAUUGUCUGUAUGCACAACUGGUGCCCAGCAACUACUGCCACCAAGGGUUGACAAAGUCUGCAAAGUUUUGAUGGAGAGACGUCAACUGGAUUGCAUAUGCACAAUGGAAAAUCUUGAAGGAUUGCAUGAAAUUGAAAGAAGAUGUUGAUUCUAAAAUAGCAUGUCUACAUAAGACAAUUGAUAUUCAUGGAAUUUUUGGUAGAAAGGGUUUUGGACGCUGCCAGGGCGCAUGCAUUUCCGAGGGCUUUCGCAAUGAAACUAACGCGGAUGCAGCUCGUAGCUUUCAUACGAAUUGUUCACCUAUCGUCCGCCUUACUGGAGCCCGCCAUGCCAUCAUCGCCAAACGAUGGGUCGUCACACAAGAAAAAGCCUUAUCUUCGAAUUGCACAAUUUGAGUAUACCGGUGCUGUAUUGUUCCAAAGGAGAAUUGCUGGCCGCGAGUCCAGCCCGUUUGGUAUUUUCCCGUUGAUACUCGACUGGCUCUCACAUCGAUACAAGUUUGAUUACACGAUUUCCAUGGGCGAAAAUGUGUCCAACAUAGUGGAAGGCGGAAGUCUUGAUCAACCUAGGGCCGUCUUCUAUAUACUAAGUGGGGCACGUGACGUCAUUACGGCUGUGGUAGAGCCACUCGGUCCACCCAGUCGCCUGGUGGAUUUUAUCCACCCGUUUUCGUAUUCAAAGUUGUCUUUCAUGAUACCGAUGCCGGGAGAAACACAAACUAACGUCGACGCCGUCAUCAAACCCUUUCACUUUUGGGUAUGGAUAACGCUUGCCUUAGCAGCCGGAGCAGUUCUAGUCGUCUUGCGUUGCCUUAAUCUUUUGCGGAUAACGAGACGCAGCAGCCCGGCGGAGGAAAAGAAGACGUUCUGUUCGAACAUUCCCAUGUACUUAUUGGCCACGCUGUUAAACCAAGGUGGAUACUUACCAUGCACCCUGACGUCGAUGCGAAUGGUAAUAGGGGCUUGGUGUCUGCUGACACUAGUGCUCGUCAACAGCUAUAAUAGCACCCUCAUCUCGUACGUGACAGCCACGCGCCGUGCCAAGCCACUCGUAAAUUCAGUCGAAGAGCUUGUCCAGGAUUCCAAUGUCCAUCCCGUUGUUGACAGAGGCCAAGGCCCCGAAAGCCUUUUUUUGACUGCUCAUUCUGGAUUGUUCAAGGCGCUUGGCGACAAGUUACGAGCCUAUCCGCAUUCCAGGUGUAACUCGACGAAGCAAUGCAUUGAUGCAGUGAAGUCGUACCCACCCCAGCAUGUCUACUUGAACGCUCAGCAGGCAAUACAAAGUGUGCUUCAAGUAGAAUACCGCAAUUCGAGAGAGUGCAAACUGGUCAUGGGCGUUGAUCUACAAAGAGACUUUGCCCUUGUCUGGGCCCUUGCCAAGGGAAGUCCAUACUUGGAGGAAUUCAAACGGGGGACGUUGGUGCUCCAUGAAUUGGGGCUGAUAUUGUCAUGGGAGAGACGAUUCAAGCCUGAUACUCGGCCUUGCUUAAGCCAAAAUGGCGACUACAAGAUCGUCAAAAACACCAAUAUUCGGCCCGUACGACUAACAUUGUCCAAUUUGACGGGCGCAUUUGCCGUUCUGGCCAUCGGUUGCUUAAUUUCCCUGUUGGCUUUUCUGACGGAAAAGAUAGUUUAACCUUUUGGGUGGCAAUUGACGACCACUUUUUAUGAUUUAUGCAUGCACUUUGGACGAAUUGAUGAGUCUUUAUCAUUACCCUCUUCUCCGUGAAAUUUGGAAUGAGACAUCUAAACUGACAAAAUCUGUGGCUUUGAGGUAUAAACUGUAUUUAAGAUAUCCAUAGCCAAACAGAAAAAUAGCAGCUGAGUUUGAUUUCGCACCUUUGCUGGUGUAUGCACAGCUUGAUUAGCAUUCCUAGAAUGGCAGUAUGCUACCUAAAUUGUCGUAGUACAG